AUGGCAGUCACAUGAAACCAAUAAUGAGCUAGCAGGAAGGGUUAGGAUCAUACUUAAGUCAGAGCUAAGAUCUGAGUAAGGAACGUUUUUAAAGCCGUGCGCGUGGGCUGUUUGGGACUCGUAUGCUUUGCAGGAGAAUUCGUCAGUCUGGGAAGAGGGUAGCAGAGCUUUGCUUGUAACAGACAAGACGUUGGUAACAGCUGUAAUGGCUUCUCUGUGAAUGGCAGUCUCUCUUACAGGGAGCACAGAUCUGUUUCCAAGUUGUUUUGACACUACAUGGCCACGCCACAGGCCAUCAUAAGAGAACCGUUUCUGUUCUCUGUUUCACCCAUUGGCUCAGUUUCAUCCCCCACCCAUUUCUCCUUUCCCCUGCCAACUCCACUACUGACCCAGCUGUGAGGCACCCAGCGCAAGGCAGGGAUAAGCACGGAAAGGGUUUUAGAUUCCCAACCCAUCUCAUCAUCUGUCCUUGCUUUGUUGAGAGGAGCAUGUGGCAAGAGGACAGUAGGCAUUUUUGAGCCCUGAUGUUUGACUCUGUCCUCUGCAGAUGAGUGUUGCUGGUUUGUGGUUCUCUGUGUGAGUAAGGGAGGCAGCGUAAUCAGACCGGGCAUGAAGAGAAGCUUCCAAGAAUUCCAGGGGCUUUCAAUCAAUUCUGGCGCUGCCCAUGGCACGAAGGCGAUGUCAGGCUAGUGGGCCAUCUAUUCCACCAUCCUGUUUCACACAGUAGCCAACCAUUUGCCCUGGAGGGCCAACAAAGAGGGUAUAGAAGCCAAGGCCUGAUGUCGCCUCCUGUAACUGGGUUUCAGAGCUUUAAUUGACUCUGGCCAGUAGCAAGUGAUGGUUGUAUCUUCUAUGAAAUCUUUGAAGUCUGUACAAUGGUCCAGAGUCUUUCAUGCACUCCACUAUGUGUGUGUAUAGCUCUAGUGUACAAACCUUGCUGCAUGCUUCAGAGAAAUGUGCAUGAAGUGGGGCACAUGAGUGGGGUAGCCCUUGAGGCAGGAGGAAUGUUCUUUGGGUCCCAAGUCUGUAUAAAAUUGCUGGACAGGCCAUUGUGUUAAGAGGUGGGUAUGUAAUAAAUGCUAUGCAUACUUGAGAUGUAUAUAUUGGUUUGCAUGGGGGAGCCCAUUCAAGGCAGUGCACAAACUUACAGUAGCAUUGAGAAUCAGUGUGAUGGAGACCUGAGAAGAGAGCUUGGGCAGGAAGAUUGCAAGAUUAGACCCUCCCUAGGUGGUUUACUCCUGACCUGAAUAGCCCAGGCAAUCCCGGUCUCCCUCAGCUCUUGGAAGCUAAGCAGGGUCGGCCUUGUGUAAUAAUUGGAUGGGAGACCUCUGAAGAAGACCAGGGUUGCAGAGGCAGGUAAUGGCAAGCCACCUCUGCUAGUCUCUUGCCUUGAAAGCCCAGGUAGGAGUCUAUAUAAGUGACUUAAUGGUACGGUUGUGAUCCAUUUCUGUCUCCAGUCUAAUUCCACCUCAGGGUGUUGUUCUGGAGUGACUAGCCCUAGGCAAGCACAGUGUUCAUAGCUCCUUGGAGGGAAUGUGGUCAGUGAAUAAACGACUGAAUAUCUUUGAGGUUGUAUCCAUAUCUCACAAGUUCCUGGAAUUUCCUUACGGCUUGACUUGUGGGGUCAUGCAAGUGUUGUGUUGCAUCCAUUCUUCCUCCAUGAGUUUUUUUUUUAAUCGAAUUGUGUCUAAAAAUAAUUAGGUACUUGUUCUGGAGAUCUGUAAACAAUGUAAGCUUAUGUAGGCUUUAUGAAGGCUUGAAAGUGAACAGAACCUUUGUUAUAAAGGAUGCUGACUUCCUCGCUUGAAUACUUUCCAGCUUUGACAUGUUGGCAGUAUGUAACCUCAAGUGAGGUUAGCGGGACGUCAUUCCGUGUUUAUAAAAACCGAGCAGGUAAGCUCUUGAACUGUCUUAAUGUCAUGUUGAGUCUGGAAGAAGACUCUGAAAGCUGUUUCCGUUCAGAAUUCUGGUUGAGAUCGCGCGCUUUCUGUAGUGAGUAUGCGUUUCAGAUGUGGUAUAUUCUUUGUGAGAUCUGCAGUAAACCUGUAGUAGUAAAUUGAAAUAAUUGUGCAUCUUCGUGAAUUGGAAUUGUGCAGUGUUCUAACAAAUGGGCAUUCAGUAAGAAACUAUGACUCACUUUUAUAUCUUACUUUUACUGAAAAAAAACCUCUUUGAUCAUUAGACCUUUUAAUUAAAGUAGGAUUUCCCCCCCCCCUUUCUUGUAAUAAGGGUUUUAUUUGAUUUUCUGUAUAGGCACCAUCAAAGAACUUGGUAGCUGGCCAGUGUUCCGUGUACAGACUUUAUGCCUCAAUUCCUUUCCCAUUGUUAAAGAGGCUGGAUGGUUGAGUCUUAAAGUCGUUUCUCAGCUUAAUCAUUCCUUGUAAUUGGUUCCUUGGAAUUGGCCGAUAAACUCCGAAGGAAUUGCUGAAUUCAUUCAUUGUACUAAUGAAAAAGCGCAACUAGUGGCACCUUAAAGACUAGAAAAUGUAUUGCGGUACAUGAUUUUGCAGGCUAAAGCCCAGACUCAAUAAACAGAGCAGGCUUUGGACCACAAAACCUUGUGCUGCUGUGUGUUUGUUAGUCUUUAAGAUGCCAUAACCCUGAUUCGGAUAGCCCAAGAUAGCCUGGUCUUUCAGAAGCGAAGCAGGGUCUGCCCUGGUUCGUACUUGGAUGGGAGACUACCCAGGAAGUCUGGGUCACUAUGACAGACCUCAUUUCUUGCCUUGAAAACUCGCAAGUCUUGACAGCACCUUACAGACCCCAGGUGCCAUGAUGUUCUUAACAGUAAGCAUCAAUCGUUGUGAAUUUAUCUUCCAAACAAGCUGUAGUCCUAAUGUUCUGUGUAGUGAACAGUAUAACAUAUGAAUAAGUUAUUUAUAGCCCGUCUUUCUUAUCAAAACUCAAGGCACAUUUAUUGCUGCUUGGUUGAACAUUAUAAAGAGCUGGCCGAAUUAAUACGUUUUCCACAGUGUGUUGAGAUGAUUUUUUUUCAUUUCUUGCAGAAACAGAAAUGAAGGCACACAUGCACACACAAUUUUGCCUCAUUUGCUUGCUGACAUUUGUCUUUCACCAAUGCAACCACUGCCACGGACACGGUUCCGAAGAGAGCGACAUUGACCCCCACGAUGUCCAUCAGAUCUCAGAGGUACCAUACCUCCAGAACGGAAGGACGGAACCUGCGCCAAAUAAGGAAGCUGAAGACGAACAGAAAUACUACAUUGAAAAACUCUUUGACCGUUAUGGGGAAAAUGGAAAAUUGUCGUUUUUCGGUCUGGAGAAAUUGCUGACGAGCCUCGGCCUCGGAGAAGUAAAAGUAGUGGAGAUAAACCAUGAGGACGUUGGCCACGAUUACGUUUCUCAUUUAGAUGUAAUAGAAGUGCAAGAAGGAAGGCAUUCUCAUUCUCACAACCACCCUCAUUCUCAUAGUCAUUCAGGUUCAGAAAACCAGACAUUAAGCGAAAGGUCUGCCAGAAGAUCCCAGAAGUGUGACCCUGAAAAAGAAAUCUCAGAGUCAUCUUCGAAACCUGAUGGCAAACAUGCCCAUGACCACAAUCUCAGGCGCCAUGGGCACCACCAUCACCACCCGCACCACCAUCUCAGUCAUAACAGUACUCACCAUUCACGUAACGAUUCCGUAACUGCUGGUGACCACGGGGAACCAAGUCAUGAGCCUUCCACAGAAACCAACACCACUCAAGAACAGCCGGAAAUAAAACCGCGCAAACCCAGAAAGAAGCAAAAAGACAAGAAGAAGAGUGUCGAGGCGUUGACAGAUACAGCACAGGAUUUUUCUCCUGAUCGUGACUCCCAUGAACAGUCCGAACACAACCACGUUCACAAGCAUGCUCCCCAUGGGCACCAGGAUCACAGUCCAGCCAGCGGAGACGGGCAUCGCCAUGCCAGCAAGCGCGAAGCACCCCAUAAGCAAAUCAGCGUGGAAAAGCGAGAUAUUUCUCCUGCACAUCGUCACAAAGACCACAGUGAAGACGAACAUCACCAUGAAGAGUGCCUAAACGUCACGGAGCUGCUAAGGCAUUACGGUCUUCAUCCCAGUUCUCCGAUUUCCCACAGUUUGUUUACGUACCUGUGUCCUGCGUUGCUGUAUCAGAUUGACAGGAGGCUUUGCAUCGAACAUGACGACGAUCUGGUGAUUGAAGAUUUGAGUAAAGGAAAAAAUGCAUCACUUGCACGUAUGAAUAAAACAGGCGCCUCAGCCUGGAUUUGUGGCCUCAUUUCGAUCACGGUCAUUAGCCUGCUCUCCUUGCUAGGGGUGAUCUUGAUUCCGAUCAUCAACCAAGGGUGCUUCAAAUUCCUGCUCACCUUCCUGGUUGCUCUUGCUGUAGGAACCAUGAGUGGAGACGCGCUGCUUCAUCUGCUGCCCCAUUCGCAAGGGGCGCACAACCACAGUCAUCACGGAGGUCCGGGUCACCUGCACGAGCACCAUCAUCUUCACGGCCAUUCCCACGGGCACGGAGGAGUGGUUCAGAGCUUCCUAGAAGAGUACGACGCUGUGCUGAAGGGGCUGGUGGCGCUUGGCGGGAUUUACCUCCUGUUCAUCAUCGAGCACUGCUUAAGGAUGUUCAAGCACUACAACAAACAAAGGGUGUGUGCCAGCAAGACCAAGCAGAAAUGGUGUAAGAAGAAGCAGAAGACAGAUGAGUCACCAGUUGGGAGGAAACUCUCCGACCACAAGCUGAACAGGCCUGAUGCUGACUGGCUUCAGCUGAAGCCUCUGGCAGGAGCAGAUGACUCGGUUCUGUCUGACGAUCGACUUAAUGAAACUGAAUUAACUGACAUGGACGGUCAGCUUGACUCCCUGCCAAAGACCUUCUUGUCUGCGGAAGAGGAGAACAGCAUGCUGCAUUCUCAUAACGAUGUCUCCCAUGUCAUUCGAGACAACGAUCUUCCGCAUGUGGAGUACGCAAGCAACCACAAAGAAGACAAGAUCGUCGUCACGCGGAAGCACAACCACCUUUGGUCACACAAACAUUCCCAUCACUCUCACGGUCACUGCCAUUCUGGCAAAGACCUAAAAGACACCGGAAUAGCAAAUAUUGCUUGGAUGGUCAUAAUGGGAGACGGCAUCCACAAUUUUAGUGAUGGCUUGGCCAUCGGAGCAGCGUUCAGUGCCGGCUUGACGGGCGGGAUUAGUACAUCCAUAGCAGUAUUUUGUCAUGAGCUUCCCCAUGAACUGGGGGACUUUGCUGUGCUUCUGAAAGCAGGCAUGACUGUGAAGCAGGCCAUUGUUUACAACCUCCUCUCGGCCAUGAUGGCUUAUGUGGGAAUGCUGAUAGGAACGGCUGUGGGACAGUAUGCCAACAACAUCACCCUCUGGAUCUUCGCAAUCACGGCUGGCAUGUUCCUCUAUGUAGCCCUGGUGGAUAUGCUUCCAGAGAUGCUUCAUGGUGAUGGUGACCAUGAAGAGCAUGGCUACUGUCCGGUGGGGCAGUUCAUCCUUCAGAAUUUAGGGCUGCUCUUGGGAUUUGCCAUUAUGUUGGUGAUUGCCCUUUAUGAAGACAAAAUAGUGUUGGACAUCCAGUUUUGACCGUUUCCAGUACUCAGCUGUGGUUACACAACACCAUUACUGUAGUAUGGCUUUCAGUCUGCACUGUUGUACUGUAUGCACAUCAUUCCCAGGCAGAGCGGCGGCUACGAGCCAGAGCUCUUGGUGUCUGCGCAAACAAGCUCCUGCUUUCUAGCUAAAACAAAACAGAAAAAAGGCCUGAUUUGAAUGUGGUGCAGCUUCUCCAAGGUAAAAGCCUACAUCGUAAGCAGGCAGUGUCGGAAGCAGAAAAUACGGACAUGCUGUUCAGCAGGCCAUCAGCCAAUGCCUCGUUCUCCACUUUGCCACUGCAGUGUGCGGCAGAAGCUGGGCCCCUUGCUGGAAAAAAGCCUUUCAUUUUUUUAACUUGAGUAAACGGUGAAUACGUGCUCCUCUGCUGUGCCAGAGCUACAUGUUAUGCAGUCCUCGGUGGAGGAUGUCAACAGUCCGUUGCCCAUGUCGCAGUCUUGUGCUCAGAGCUGCCCCCCCCCCACUCCCACCUCGCAAGAAAUAUAAAUCUGUUGGUGCAUGAAUAGGAAGCACUCUGGAUAGGGCGUUUUCCAUUUUUUUUAUAAAACGGAAUUUACAUGCAUGUUGUCAUUGAUGAUCUUAACAGCAGUAUGGGCGUUUGAGUUGCUGCCGAUUCUUGCGUUGGCUGUGGGGUCCACGGCUUCCCAGGAGUCUCCUGUCUCUUUUGACCUGUGCAGAAUGGUUGCUGACCAAAGUGAAACCAUGCCAUUUCCACACCGGACUGCCAGUUUCUUUGCCAAUCAUCCAGUCGGUACAGGACUUUAAAUGGUCACUGUCACAUGCAGCCUCUUACACACACAGACGAUGUGCGAAUAUGUCCCCUUCAGCAAGCAGCUCUGCAACUUCACAGUGGGGCAGGGAGGGCUGCAGAUUCUAGUAUUUUAGUUCAUGCUAUGCUGUACUUUGACCUUUGGAAGUGGAGCAGGUCGAAAGCUUCUGCAUCAAGCCCCAGAGGCCUGCGUUUUCCACAACAGGGGUGGCAUGACAAACAUUAGGUAUUUGAUGUUAGUUUGUAGACGUUGUUAGCAAAAUGCCAAAUAGAUAAUCCUGCUGGGGUGAAGGUUCUCUCUGGCCCUUUCCUGGAAUAGCUCAGUGUGUAACGGGCUUCUUGAGAUCUGAACUACUGACAAGGCCUACUGUGGGUUUGUUGUUUUGUUCCUCAGAUGGAACGACUGCGUUUGGAUUUCCUCCGCUGCAACAGCCAGAUUUGUUCUUGCUUUAUACCCUUCUAAAACCCAGGCAGAGAAGUGCUGAUCCAAGCAUCAGAGCAGUGUCCCAUGGAGGUAGUCGUGGUGCGCCGAGAACGGUUUCAAAUGUGCCACUUGGAAUACCUUGCCACCUGUGCUUAGAGCACCAGUCCAGGGCUGUGUUAAAUGAGGCUGUGUGGGCUGUGUCUAAUUUUUUGUUACGUUUUGGGUAUCUAAGGGGGUCUGUUCCUGCUUUACCUCUUUAAAUAAUGCAGGGAUCCCGCAGUUACAGGGAGGGGGUGACAGAUUGGUUUCCCACCCCUGAGCUGCCUCCUUCCUGGGAGUUGGACCCCAUACAGUUACAUUGCUGCCUUCUUCUGGGUGGCCAGAGGGUUCCUGUGUUCAGGGAGUAUUAUGGGAAGGAAUCUCUGCUGAGAAAACGUUGGUAUCUAUCCCUUUGGUGGUCACAAGGCAGCUGUGGCUGUCUUAAUAGUGGCGCAUGUGCAUUGGGAGGCCAGGCUCCGCCAAAAGCCUUAACCUGCAGGAAAGCUUAAUGUUAGUGCCAAGCAGCUUGCAUUUGCCAGGUCCCAUUUAAUCUCUCCUCUGCGAUCGUAUUGUGAGUAUCAUGAGCAGUGCGAACCCUGCGCCUCUUCCAUUCUGACGUGAUGCUAAUAAGAGCGCAGACGGAACAUGGCAGCCGACUCCUCUCAGCUCUUCUCUCUUGGCCCCCGUCUCUGUAGAUAAGCUCAGCUGCGUUCUAAGUAGGUACCGCUGAGCUUUUGUAGCUUUGUUCGUCUCGUAAAAAUUAACUUGAUCAGAAAGCUGACAGAGCCCGUUCGUUUCAAGUGGAAAUAAACCUCGGCUACGUUAAGAGCUUUCUGUCUGAACCUUCUAUUUAAUCUUUGUCAUCAUUCCUGUUUCCGUGACCACCCCAAGCUGCUUUCAAAGUCUGUCAGACGACUUUUGUCGGGCGGCUUUCUUUGGUACAGUGUUAAGAGUGUUAAGUUUGAUAAAGUACCGUUAGCUUCUGCCGUCGGUUAGCACGCAGAACUCGUUCAGAGUUUUGCAACGGUAAAGACCACAGAGUAAGGUCCUGCUUAGCUGGUCUUGCCUGCCUCUUUGCCGAUGAGUUUUGUAGUUGAACAUUUCUGCUCUGAUCCAGGCAACACGGAGUCAUGCUUAAAUCCCAUUGAGGUUGCUGGGACUUGCUUUCUCUGGCCCUGGGACUUUUGCUGCUUGAUGGAUACAUCUCCCGAAUAGAGUGAGGAGGGCGCGUGAUGUCACAGAAGCCCCUUUUAGUCAGGAAAAAAAGAGUGAGGGACGAUCCUGGCUUUUAAGGUUUUAUUUUUGGAAUUAUGAGUCAAUCUACUUCAGGGAGCUUUUUUAUUUUGCUGGAAUGUGCUACAGUGUAAUGCCUCUCCAGGGAAACAAAAAAAGUAGCAUUUUUUUUUAACAAAAAACAAACACUCUGGUCAUGCUGGGAAGUGAUAGGCUCUGUAUUUACCAUUCGAAUGGGACGCUUCUUCAUUGCUUGCUUCUGUGUGUGUGUGUGUGUGUGUGUGUUACACUUUGUGAACAGCAAUACAGCAGCUGGGCUUUUCUUUGUUUUUGCGAGUAUUGAAUUCCCAGAUAGUUUUUGAAACGCAAGGUUUUAAAUGGCAUUUGGGACAAUCGCUAUUCCGCUACAUUUCUACCUGGCCUUCAUUAUUCCAUUCGGCUGGAGUCCAGUCUCGGUUUCCGUGUACUUGUUGGAGGGCAUAAAUGUUCUUUGUACCUUACAAUGCUGUCACUGUGUGACAUCCCAUAAGAAUUUUGGUGUCAAUCACACUGCACUCAAUCAGCUGUGAUUCUUAUGCUUAGAAAAUACUGUAGUCUCCUAGGAAGCAGUGUGAAUUCUUCUUUCCUUACGGUUGAAACAAUGUGAUUAUGGUCCUGAAAGAUAUUUGAGAUAUCGGCUUCUUUUUGGGUUAUUUUUUUUUUAACAAACUCGUUUUUUAAAAAAAAUAAAAGCUGGAAAUGACAAAAUGCUGUUUUGUUCAUCGUCAACAGUGUUGUGUUCAUCUUAUGCAUGUUCCUUAUUCAUAAGGAACGUCAGAAAAUAAAAUAAUUGAAUAAGCAA